UUAAGUCAAUUUAUUCAUAAAUAAAUGACUUUGAAUUUGACUGAAAACCUUCAACUGUAUUCCUCUGUGCCUCCUCAGCUGGCGAAGGCUAGGCCCUGGGUGCAGGAGAGAUGUGAGGAGGAGGAGGAAGAAGAAAACAAGGAUGGCGAGGAGGACCCCGAUGAGGAAGUGCAGCAGAGGAUCAUGGAGUGGGCCAAGGAGCUGCAGAGCGCCUCAGAGAGUUGUGGGGUGCAGAGCAAUGAGCUAGGCAAUGUUCUGCGUCUGCUGGGUCUGAGGAAGAAGAGACUGAUCAACCUCCUGCCCUUACUGGAGUUCAUUACUUGGUCACUGCUCAAGGAGGACUGCAAGGGUGGCAUUUCUCCGCUGUGGCUGUCAGCAAAGCAGCGCACCUGGAAGGCAGGCACUCCAAGAUACAUCCCUAACUCAGUGUGGAACUGGAUGAUCAGUGCAUCAGCCGAUGUGACCUUUGACCCCAUGACCAACCACCUGUGGCUCCAGCUCUCAGAUGACCACCGCAAGGUCCAGGAGGGCAUAUCUGAGUCCAAUCUGCCCUUCAGUCCCCAGCGCUUCGACGCCUGGCCUGGCGUGCUGGGCUGGGAGGGAUACGCCUCCGGACGGCACUACUGGGAAGUCGACAUAGCCAACAACGGCUACUGGCGGGUUGGCCUGACCACGGCGAGUGCCAAACGCCAGGGCCGCUUCCCCAUGAGCCCCCAGACAGGCUACUGGACCCUGUGGCGCAGCAUGCACCAGUUCUACGCCUGUACCAAGCCUGAGACGCCCCUGCCCCUGGGUCUGGUGGCCCGCCGGAUGGGGAUCUAUCUAGACUACGAGGAAGGACAGAUCUCCUUCUACAACGCAGAGACCAAGACCCACAUCUAUACAUUCACAGGCAAGUUCAAGGAGAAGCUGUACCCGGUGUUUGCCCCACUGGACGGACGCGCACUCAUCACCAUCAUCUCGCCACACAAGGUCUCUACACUUUGAAGACAUCAUGGGUCUUUGGUUAAGAGAUUCUCCCCAACAUAAGCUGACUACAGCCCUGGUUUUCCUUUGCCUUUCAAUCACUGGCUUAUUUGGACUUGGAAAACCAGGUGUGUGGAGUGGACUCUGGUUAAUCAAUAAGCUUCAUUGAUCAAUGAAGUACCAAGAAUAAGAGAAAACCAUUGGAGAAGAGUUUGAGCAGUUGACACUUUGACCUGCAAAGCCUUGGGUUGAGCUUGGGUUUGCCCUGUUUCUACAACAGUUGGCUUAGAAACUUCUGUAUGGAUCCUAGGAGCUGUAUGGGAAGAAGCAAAUAGGAAACUUCAUACCCUAAAAUAAAACAAAUGAAUUUGACAAGCUAGAUUUAAACAGUACAUGUCUGAAAAGCCCCCCUGUUUUAAUACGUAAAAGAAAAAAUCAAAAUACUGUAUAUAAAUUGCAUUAUAAUACUGAAACAGCUAGCUAAAUGGAAGAUGGGAAAUGUAUACUGAGGAAAUCUUACUACAAUAUAUCUAUAUAUUGCAGUGUAUCUAUUUACCUAUAUACAGUAUCUAUACCUUAUGUCUUCAUAUAUUUAUGCACUUUCAUAAUAUGUAUACAGUGCCUACAGAAAGUAU